CUGUGAUUUGUACUGUUCAGUAUAUUACAAUAACCUGCAUAAACAUAAAACAGAGAGCCAAUGUGCUGGAACGUUCUUUCUCUGGUUUUAUGGAAAUGCAUGAUGUCAUCUGGCGCUGGUCCCACCACGGACAGUUUUUGCAGCAAAUGGCUGUGCAUUUAAAAAGUAAACAUUUUAUUUAUAUUGUCUAUUUCAUAUUAACUUUUAAAUAUCUUUUCUUUAGAGCUGACGGUGAGAGGGAAGGGAAUGCAAAAAUUGGUUUUAAAUAAUUCCCAAUCAAAGGCAUCCAUUCAAUUCUAUGUAACCAUGCAUUAAAAUACUGCAAAUACCACUUUGUCGAUGGUUUGCAGAAAGACCAAUAUGGUUAGGUUUUGAUUUGUAUGACUUUUUUAUAAAGAAAAUAACUUAAUUAAUGUGCACUUUUUUAUAUGUUAGUAUGUUUAGUGUUUAGAAAUGCCUCUUAAUAUGGUCAACCUUAGAAGAUCCAUGACGUCUUGGCCUGUAUUAUUAAGUUGGAAUAGUUUGUCUUACUUUGUCUUUCUGUUUUUCUCUGAUACAGAAUUGCCUGAGGAUGAACGUGUCCCAGGAGAAGAGCCUGAGAUGUCUGAAAUCACUGGUCUGUUUGUGGAGAAACCACAGAGUGCCACGGUACAAAUAGGGAAAGAUAUCACAUUUGUGGCUAAGGUGGAUUCCUCACAGAUGCUAAGGAAGCCAACCAUGAAAUGGUUGAAGGGGAAAUGGCUGGAUUUAGGCAGCAAGGCUGGCAAACACAUGCAGUUCAAAGAAGCCUAUGACAGGAACACCAAGAUAUACACCUAUACGAUGAGCAUUAUUAAGGCAAAGGAUGGGCAUGCAGGAGGUUAUCGCUGUGAGGUCACAGCCAAAGACAAGUGUGACAGCUGCACAUUUGAUGUGACUGUUGAAGCUGCUCCUGAUGCUCAGCAAACAAAUAUUUUGGAGGCGUUCAAACGAUCUGGAGAUGCAGGAGAGGAUGCAGGAGAGCUUGACUUCAGUGGUUUACUCAAGAAAAGAGAGAAAAAGCAUAAGGAACAGCCUGAGGAGGAAGUGGAUGUUUGGGAGAUCCUGAAGAAGGCUAAACCAUGCGACUAUGAGAAGAUUGCAUUUGAAUACGGCAUCACUGACCUCCGGGGCAUGCUCAAGAGGCUAAAGAAGAUGAAGAAGGUUGAGCCCAAAAAGAGCGAUGCCUUCCUGAGAAAAAUGGAUCCCGCUUAUUCUGUGGAGAAAGGCAAGAAAAUUAUGCUUUCUGUGGAGCUCACUGAUCCCAAUGCUCAAGUCAAAUGGCUAAAAAAUGGACAGGAGAUCAAACCCUCCGCAAAAUAUAUCUUUGAGAGUGUGGGUGGUAUCCGUAAGCUCACUAUUAACAAGUGCACUCUGGCCGACGAUGCAGCAUAUGAAUGUGUGAUUGGGGAGGAGAAGAGUUUCACUGAGGUCUUUGUCCAAGAGCCCCCAGUCACCAUCACUAAGAUGCUUGACGACGUCCACGUGGUGGUUGGGGAGAAGGUAGAAUUUGAAGUCGAGGUGUCUGAUGAGGGAGCCAAUGUGAAAUGGAUGAAGGAUGGAGUGGAACUGAGCCGAGAUGGAAAGUAUCGCUUUAAGAAAGAUGGCACUAAGCACUGGCUCAUCAUCAAUGAGGCGACUACAGAGGACAUUGGAAUGUACCAUGUGUUCACUAGUGGGGGGGAGUCCAAGGGAGAGCUGGAAGUGGAAGAGAAGGAGCUGGAGAUCCUCCAGAAUAUAGCAGAUCUGACACUGAAGGCCUCAGAACAGGCAGUCUUCAAGUGUGAAGUGUCUGAUGAGAAAGUAACCGGCAAAUGGUUUAAGGAUGGAGUGGAGGUCAUUCCCAGCGACCGCAUCAAAAUGACACACAUUGGCAGGACUCACAAACUGGUGAUAGAUGGUGUCAAGCCUGAUGAUGCAGGAGAUUAUACCUUCGUACCUGAUGGUUACGCUCUUUCCCUUUCAGCCAAACUUAACUUCUUGGAGAUCAAGAUCGAUUAUGUUCCUCGUCAAGAACCUCCCAAAAUCCAUUUGGACACCACCGGCAGCAUGGUCAACAAAAACACCAUCAUCGUCGUUGCGGGAAACAAGCUCCGUUUUGAUGUUGACAUCACAGGCGAUCCCGCCCCCACUGUCUCCUGGAAAAAAGGAGAUACGGAGAUCGGCGAGUCUGAGGGGCGCGUAAGAGUGGAGGCCAGGAAGAACCUGAGCUGCUUUGUUAUCGAAGGGGCAGAGAGAUCUGAUGAGGGCCUAUAUCACAUCACUGUUACCAACCCUGCUGGAGAAGACAAGGCUGAUGUCUUUGUUAAGAUAGUUGAUGUACCUGAUCCACCUGAGAAUGUGAAAUGCACUGGAGUGGGAGAGGACACUGCCUCUAUCCAGUGGGAGCCACCCAAAUUUGAUGGUGGCGUUCCAGUAAAAGGAUACCUAAUGGAAAGAAAGAAGAAGGGUUCUUCCAGGUGGACUAAGCUAAACUUUGACAUUUAUGAAACCACAACAUACGAGGCCAAGAAGAUGAUUGAAGGCGUGUUGUAUGAGAUGAGGGUGUUUGCUGUUAAUGGGAUUGGUAUCUCCCAGCCAAGCGCCACCUCCAAACCAUUCAUGCCCAUUGCUCCAACCAGUGAACCGACACGGCUGUUGGUGGAUGACAUCACUGAUGGUAGCUGUCUUUUGAAAUGGCUUCCACCUGAGAGGAUUGGGGCCGGUGGAAUUGACGGAUACUUCAUUGAAUAUUGUGUUGAGGGAGGCACUGAAUGGGUGCAGGCCAACGAGACCCCUGUUGAGAAGAACAGUUACAGGGUCAAAGGCCUGCCUGUGGGAGAGAAGAUGCUGUUCAGGGUGACAGCUGUGAACAUUGCUGGCCGUAGCCCUCCAGCUGUGACAGGGCAAGCUGUCACUAUCCGGGAGAUUGUCGAACGCCCUAAAAUCCAUCUUCCACGGCAACUUAGGACUAAAUAUAUCAAAAGGGUGGGCGAGAAGAUCAACGUUGUCAUUCCCUUCCAGGGCAAACCACGUCCGAUAGUGACCUGGUUAAAAGAUGGUGCACCUCUGGACAUAGCUGGGGUGAAUAUCCGCACAUCUGAUGUGGACACCAUCCUGUUCAUCAGGCAGUCAGUUAGAGAACAUUCUGGACAGUACACACUCUCCGUGCAGAUCGAGAACAUGGAGGACAAAGCGAAUAUUCAGAUCCAGAUUGUGGACAAGCCUGGGCCACCGAUGAAUGUCACUGUGACUGAUGUUUGGGGCUUCAAUGCUGCUUUGGAAUGGAAACCACCGAAAGACAAUGGCAACAGUGAGAUCAUCGGCUACACCAUUCAAAAGGCUGACUUGAAAACCAAGGAAUGGUUCACGGUUCUCGAGCACAAUCGCAGACCGAGUUGCACCGUGUCCGAUCUGGUAAUGGGGAACGAGUUCUCGUUCCGUGUCUUCAGCGAGAACAUCUGUGGCCUGAGUGAUGAUGCCAGUGUCAGCAAAAACACCGCUACCAUCACUAAAACAGGCCUUCAAUGCAAAAAACUGCCCUACAAGGAAAAAGACAUGAACAGCUCCCCCAAGUUUAUCACACCUCUCGUGGACAGAUGUGUCAUCGCAGGUUACAGCGCUGCUAUCAGCUGUGCAGUCCGUGGUUACCCCAAACCAAAGAUAAUCUGGAUGAAAAAUAAGAUGAUUAUUGGGGAGGACCCAAAGUUUCUCAUGCGGAAUAACCAGGGCGUGCUGACUUUAAACAUCCGUAAACCAGGCUUGUUUGAUGGAGGGAAGUACACAUGCAGAGCUAUCAAUGACCUAGGAGUGGAUGAAGUGGAGUGCAAGCUGGAGGUCCGAGUCGUAAAAGACAAAGAUGAGGUGAAGAAGCAAAUGCAAAACCCCGAAAGACACUGAAGAUGUCAGUACAGCAGUGAUAUGGACUUCAAGUGUGUAACAGGACAGACAAUUAGAGUUAUGGACUUAGCAUAAAAAUCCGUCAUUAUGUAGUUUUCUGCUUUUCUUAAGUUAUGCUUAACAAAAUAGUACUGGUACAUGAAUGGCAUCAGAUGGUAUUGAUGAAUGAAUCUUAUGUGCUUUGUCACAUGGUACGUCAAAGCACUUAAAACAAUACCACGGAUUAAACAACUAACGCGAUGUAUUUUAGUGUCAUAGUUCUAUAGUAUAAUAUUAAGCCUAACAUAUAGUAUAAUGUAGUCAAUUGUUUAUGCUUGAGGUAGGCUUUGUGAGUAGCCUACAGUAUGUCAGGUUUUGCAGGUCAAAUUGCUUGAAAUAAAAGCUCAUGUGUGUUAUUUCA